AAAAACAUUCUAGACGUAGUCGUGUCGGAAAAACUGCCGUCAAAUAUUGAAACCUGUUGACGUCUAGUUGACACAACCCUAGGAAGAUGAGACUCUUUCCCUACCGCGUCUGGAUCGCCGUAAUGAUCUUCUUUUCCGGCUUCACCAACUACAUGAUGCUGAGCAGCAUUUCCGUCUCCAUCGUCCAGAUGGUCGGUCAACCCACCAUAGUACCCAUCCCCGCGUGCAAACGCGUCAAGGGCGGAACCACCACCAAAGAAAUCAAUCGAACACAAACAACCCACCGAGUCUACGACUGGACCGAGAGCCAAAAAUCCGACAUCCUGGGGGGCUACUUCUGGGGCUACCUGAUGACCAUUAUCCUAGGCGGCGUCCUCUCCGAGCGGAUCGGGCCGUGGCACGUCCUCCUGUGGAGCAGCUUGCUUGCCGCCAUCAGCACGGCUCUCGUCCCCUUAUUCGCCGACUUGGGUUACGUGGCGGUGACGUGCGCCAGGGUGGUGGUCGGGAUGUGUGGGGGGGUGGCAUAUCCUGCGAUUAAUACGUUGAUGGCCAGCUGGGCGCCUCCGCAGGAGAAGGGCAAGUUCGUGGCGGCUUCCCUAGGGAAUACUUUCGGGAUGGUGGUGACUUUCGCCGUCGUCGGGGCGGUGACGCACGCGACGGGGUGGCCGUGGGGAUUCUACGUCCUGGCGAUGAUCAUGGUGACUUACUGCUUGUUUUUCGGGUUUAUUGUUAGCGACGAACCGGAGAAGUCCAGGUGCACGUCGCAGGAGGAGAGGGAUUUUAUUCUGGAGUCACAAGAAGGGCAUCUGAACAGGAAGAAAAAGAAAUUUCCGCCUUUCCUUAAAAUCUUCUCCUCGAAGCCCUUCCUCACCCUAACCUUCUGCCAGUUCGGCAGCCUGUGGGGCCUGUACCAAACCGUCACCUACUUGCCCUCGUUCCUCUCCAACACCAUAGGCUUAGAGCUGGACACGGCUUCGUCCUUGGCCGGAUUGCCUUACCUGGCCAGAGGCAUCUGCUGCUUCAUCUUCGGAAUAGUCGGCGACUGGAUGCGAAAAAAGAAAAUCAUGUCCGUGACCAACAUCCGGAAAUUUUUCAUCAUCUUUUCUCACUUUAUCCCGGCGGUGUGCUGUUUCCUGAUACCGGCGGCGGGUUGCAGUGCCGCAGGAAUCGUAAUUCUGGUGAUGAUCAUGCAGGGAUCGAACGGAUCUGUGGCGGUGAGCAACUUGAUCAAUCCGCAGGACUUGGCGCCGAAUUUUGCUGGGACCGUUUUUGGGAUAAUGCAGACGUUUGCGACGUUCGCCGGGGCUAUAGUGCCCAAAGUGACGUCGGCGUUCUUGGAUUAUUAUGAUAGAGAAUAUAUCGCUUCUACGAUAGCGUUUGCCAUUGCGGGUGGGGUGUAUGUUAUUUGUGGGUUAGCUUUCGUUUUGUUUGGGUCUGGUGAGACUCAACCGUGGAACGAAAUUCCAGACUGAAUAUUUUGGGGUCGC